AUGUUUGCAAAAGAUAAAUAUGAUGUAGGAAAAGUGAAGUCUAAAGAAGCAGAAAUAAAAUUAACCAGAAAUGAAUAUGUAACAGCAAGACCAUAUAAAUGUUCCAUAGUUGAUGAAGAAAAAAUCAAGACCCAAGUCAAGAAAUGGGCCUUGAGAUCCGCUCUGAAGUUCGUAAGUGAUGGAGAAGUAGUCAGAGAAGUAGGUAGAGAGUUCCAAAGAAAAGGGCCAAAAAAAGCCAAAGCAGAUUUAGCAAAAGAGUGUUUAACACCAGUUAAGAAAAAGCGAGAACAAGAGGACGAUCGUAAACCGGGGCGUUUAGCUCCUCAAAAUAUGAUCAUAAAUCUUUUGGUGGAACCCUACCAUCCAGAUCGUCCAUUGCCGAGAAUUUUCAUGAGAGCCUCAAAACUCAUGCAAAGCCGACGACAUUGA